AUGUACGCCGAUAUCACAAAACCUCCGAAGCCAUUGCCCCAGCCCAGUCCGCAAGUGAUCAGACCCGGGUUGACACUUCAGAAGCCAUUGACUCGAUCUGGCCGGAAUGGACCUGGUAUCAUUACGCUCGUCCCCGACGUAGCGGAAGAGAACAGAACGCAUCUAGAUGGCGUUCCUUCUCUCCUCAUCAAAUGGGCCGAGGAGGGAUAUGUUGUCGCAGAGAUCCAAGCCUCUGCUCUGGCUUCAGAUCCAGAGAUAUUGAGCUACACUGUCGAUGCUCUUAAGCAGUGCGAGAUGUGUGAGAACACUGACCGGAUUGGACUUGUGGUCUACGACCACACUUUGCUCAACUCGGCUGUCGAUUCCCAGUUUCGCCGGCAGCCAGGAAUCGCCGCAGCAGUUGUCUAUGUAGAUGCUGGGGUCUCUGUUCCUCAAAUUUCAGUCCCAGCGUUACUUUUGCACAUUGCCGGGCCCCCUCCUCCCAGUGGUCUAUCGCCGUCCACCAGCGGUGGACGAACAUAUCACUACUCGACAGUCUCAUCCUUCAGGUUUGCUACCCCUUUCACGCCGGAAUUCCACUACAAUUCUGAGGCGGUUUCGCACACUCGUAACCUGACCUUCCUCAAGCCUAAACUGGACGGUCCCUACUUCGACUUGGAGACCAUCUGGGAGGAACAUACUUACUACGAGUUCGCUGAUCGCUCGGUGCAGCACACCAUGUCAACCAUGGUUCAAGAACCGUAUGUGAAUCACGUUCCAACACUUACAGGCGGGGUGGGUCGUGAACUACUCACGCAAUUCUACCGCGAUAGCUUCAUCUUUAGCAACCCAGCCGAUACAGAACUCGAGCUGAUAAGCCGCACCAUUGGCAUUGAUCGAGUGGUCGACGAGUUUAUUUUCAAGUUCACCCACACGCAGGAUGUCCCGUGGCUGUAA